AUAUAUAUAUAUAUUUUUAUAUACGCACACAUACAGUUUUCUUGAUUGACAAGGGUUUUUGACAAAGGGACCGUUCAAGUUGACAAUAGGAAGCGUUUCUUAUUUUCUUCUUCUCCGUGAUGCCCAUGGCGACCACCAUCGAAACCGGCCCAUCAAGCGUCGAUCGCGCAGCUGCUCUGAAGGAGUUUGACGAGACAAAGGCCGGUGUCAAAGGCCUCGUUGACUCCGGCAUCACCUCCAUCCCCUCCAUCUUCCACCACCCCAACCUUCACAUCACCUCAACCACUUCCCAUCUCUCCAUCCCCACCAUCGACUUCUCCCUUCCCCGCCCCAUCGUCGUCGACCUCAUCCGCUCCGCCUCCAUCAACUGGGGCUUCUUCCAGCUCAUCAACCACGGCAUCCCUCUCUCCACCAUCCAAACCACCAUCUCCACCUUCCGAUCCUUCAACGAGCUCCCCACCAACGUACGAUGCAAACACUACAAGCGCGGCAUGGAAGGCGGCUUCUCCUACUCGUCCAACGUUGACCUGUAUAAAUCAGUGGCGGCGAGCUGGAGAGACACGAUCCAGAUCAUGACAGGCCCGGCUCGGCCUGAUCUGAAUUUGAUCCCGGAGGUUUGCAGGAUGGAGCUGGUGGCGUGGGACGAGCGCGCGAAGGAGGUCGCGAGGGAGUUGAUGGGGAUGAUGUGCGAGGGGCUGGGUGUUGGCGUGGGGAGGAUGGAGGAGAUGACAUGUCUGGAGGGAAGACUGAUGGCGUGCCACUACUACCCGCCGUGCCCGGAGCCUGAUCAGACGAUGGGAACGGCGGUUCACACCGAUCCUUGUGCGUUGACUUUGCUGGUCGAGGACCAGGUUGGAGGGCUCCAGGUGAAGCAGGAAGGGGAGGAUGGUGAGGAGUUUUGGGUUGAUGUCAAACCUGUGCCUGGAGCUCUUGUCAUCAAUGUUGGUGAUCUUCUCCAGAUAAUGUCCAAUGAUACAUACAAGAGUGUGGAGCAUAGAGUUAGAGCAAAUUCUGAACAAGAUGCAAGGGUCUCCAUUGCUAUCUUCUAUAACCCUGGAAAAAGAGGAGAAUUAGAUCUUUAUGGGCCUUUGCCAGAACUAAUUUCAUCGGAAAAACCAGCUGUGUACCGGAAUUUUACUAUGAGGGAGUUCAUGGGAACAUUCUUCGGCAAAGAGUUGAGAAGCAAAUCUCUGGUGGAAUGCUUCAAGUUGUAGACAUUGCUGAAUAAAACUUUAUAUGUAAAAACUCAUAGUAAUUCAUCAUGCUUAUAUCAAUUGCAGAACCUAAAAGAGUUGUCCGUCCA